CCUGCGAAUGAAUGCGGAAAUUUUAGGCUUCGAGGAAAUCUGUAAACAAUGUGUGGUUUGUUACCUCUUGAAUCCGAAUCCGCUGACGAAAUGACUUAAAUCGUGGUCUUGCCUUUAUGCCCAUAACAGACAUAUGCUGAAGAUGAAAUUUAUGACGACAAACUCAGUUUUCUGCGUGACCCCGUUAAUUUUUACAAGGUUAUGCCCCUUGUAUGUUAAACAUGGCAGGGAAGAAAGCUGUGGAAUCAUACUGAGUUUGUAAAUAUAGCAUUCAGGAGAGCCAUUGCAUUCGAACGCUAUGUUCCCCGCGAAUUUAUCUUCGGGCGAAAAUCCUGUCUACAGUGCGCACGCGCUUGAAAACCUCGCAAAAUGGAAAGGAAUUUUUGGCGCUGCAUUAAGAGGGGUGCAGCGCCAGGUGCAUCCAUCGCUGUCAGCAAGAGAAGAUGCUCUGGAGUACAUUGAGAAGCUGAUGCUACAGCUUCUGAUGCUGCUGUGCUCGUCCCAGCCUCACACUGUGCAGGAUGUGGAGGAUCGUGUUCAUAAAACUUUCCCAGACCCAAUUGACAAGUGGGCGAUUAACGAUGCCCAGAAUGCUCUGGAAAAGGGCAAGAAAAAUUCAACCUUGCUUUUGCCUGUGGACAAAGUUCAGCCUCUGCUCAAGGAGGUUUUGGGCUACCGGGUUGAUUCCCAGGUAGUAGUUUAUAUUGUUGCUGUGAUCGAGUACACAGCUGCAGACAUUCUAAAAUUCACAGGCAUUUAUGUCAAAAAUAUUCGUCACACUGAAAUCACAUCCCAAGACAUAAAAGUAGCAAUAUGUGCAGAUCCGGUCCUGGUAGACAUGUUCAAUCAGGAGGAGGAUGUGACAGCUUUAAUGAUUGAAGAUGAACCUGUACGGCGAGAGUCUAUGACAUAUGAAGAGAUUGUGAAGGAUUUCAUUGUUGAGGAGACACAGUACCUUCGUGACUUAAACAUGAUCAUCAAAGUCUUCCGUGCACCCUUUGCUGACCUUUUUCCUCGUUCUAAGGAUUUAGAUGUGAUUUUCAGCAACAUCCUCGACAUCUAUGAGUUCACAGCAAAGUUGCUAGGAUCUGUGGAAGAGCAAGUAGAGGUUGCUCAGGAUGAUGAAUUACCGCUGGUUGGUACAUGCUUUGAAGACCUGGCUGAGGGGGAAGAAUUCAAUGUAUAUGAGCGUUACGUUGAUGACAUGCUGUCACCAAGAGGCAAAGAGCGCCUGAACACACUGCUGCAAAGGGACGAUGUCAGUAAGUCACUAAAGAAUUGUGGAGGUAAUAGCUUCAAGGAUGCAGUGAAGUAUGUGCUACCCAAACUGUUAAUGGGGCCUGUUUAUCACUGUCUUCACUAUUUUGAAGUCAUUAAGGCAUUGAUUGAUACAUCAUCUUGUGAAGAGGAUCAGGAAGUUCUUGCUCAGGCUAACGGCUUGCUUCAGUCUCUGAAAGUACUGCUGGAGCGACGGUUCAGUGGAAACAUACCAAAACGAAAACCAUGGGAAAUUUCAUUACGUUUACAUGGACGAUCCAAUCGCUCUCAGGUGCAGAAAAUGACUGAGCUUCAACGCAACAUUGAUGGCUGGGAGGGAAAGGACAUCUGGCAGAGCUGCAGUGAAUUUAUUUUAGAGGGAGUGCUUUCAAAACAAGCUGGACGACGGUGGGCAGAGAGACAUGUUUUUCUUUUUGAUGGCUUAGUCAUUUUGUGUAAACAGAAUGCAAAGCGUACGUCAGGGGCUGGACCCUUUGCAGAAUUUAAGCUGAAAGAAAAACAUCUUAUUCGCAAAAUGGAAAUUGUAGAUCGAGAAGACACUGAUGAUGUGAAGAAUGCGUUUGAUAUUGUUCCGCGGGAUCAUCCAGCUAUCACACUGUGUGCAAAAAUGCCUGAAGAAAAGUGCAAUUGGAUGGCUGCUCUGAUUACUCUUCAGACAAGAAGUAUGCUGGAGCGUAUUCUGGAUGGGAAGCUGCGAGAGGAGGAGAAGUGUCAUCCACUCAUCAUGCCACCUCCAGAUAGAUACAGGUUUGCUGUGAAAGAUUCUGAUGAGUGCAUACUUUUUGAAGAACAGCAAGACUCAUCUGUGGAGAGUCCUCUUAUCAAGGGCGGAACACUCAUCAAGCUGGUGGAGCGAUUGACAUACCACAUGUAUGCAGACCCCAAGUUUGUGAGGACAUUCCUUUUGACAUACAGAUCGUUCUGCACACCUCAAGAACUUCUGGACCUCUUAAUUGAAAGGUUUGACAUUGUGGAGCCUGUUAUGGAACCUGUAGGUGAAGAUAAUUUUGAGAUGUGUCUCCGUAUUCGUGAGGAUCUAAAGCGAUUUCGCAAGGAAUAUAUAAAACCUGUUCAGUUCAGGGUUGUGAAUGUGUUGCGCCACUGGGUAGACCAUCAUUUUUAUGACUUUGAACGCGAUAAGUCCUUGUUGGAGAAGUUACAAGAGUUCUUGCGAUCAGUGAAAGGCAAGGCAAUGCGAAAGAUGGCUGACUCUAUAAUCAAAGUCAUUCAGAGAAGGUUGGAAAGCAUUAACACAGAGCGUGAGUUCACACACCAAAAGAAACCACCACAAAUAGAAUGGCACCUGACUCGUAAUCCAGAGGAAUUUGAAAUUGUAAAGCUUCAUCCAGUUGAAAUUGCAAGACAAGUGACAUUGCUAGAGUUUGAUCUUUAUCGUGCUAUCCAGCCAUCAGAACUUGUAGGCAGCCCCUGGACAAAGGAAGACAAGCACAAAACUUCCCCUAAUCUGUUGAAAAUGAUCAACUUCUCUACUGCAUUCACCUUUUGGUUGGAGAAGUGCAUUCUGGAAACAGAAAAUUUGGAAGAACGGGUAUGUGUCUUGUCACGUAUCGUAGAGAUCAUGCUGGUCUUUCAAGAGCUUAACAACUUUAAUGGGGUUUUGGAGGUUGUGGGCGCACUGAUAUCAGCACCAAUCUACAGAUUGGAUCACACCUUCAAGGAGGUGCCACACAAGUAUGUCAAGGCUCUGGAGGAGGCUCAUGAACUGAAUGCUGACCACUUCAAGAAAUAUAUUGAGAAACUUCGUUCUGUCAAUCCACCCUGUGUUCCAUUUCUAGGAAUGUAUCUGACCAACAUCUUGCUAACAGAGGAGGGAAACCCUAACUUCAUUGUCAGUCGUCCAGAGGACCCUACCCAGCGUGCAGAAGGCUUCAUAAACUUUAGCAAGAGGCGCAAGGUGGCAGAGAUUACAGGAGAAAUCCAGCAGUUCCAGAAUCAACCAUACUGCCUGCGUGUGGAGCCCAGUAUCAGGGAGUUUCUGAAGAAUUUGAAUCCUCUUGAAGACUUGACAGUAAAAGAGCUGAGUGAUUACAUGUAUGCGAAGUCUUUGGAACUGGAGCCACGAAAUGCACGGCAAUUGCCAAAAUUUCCAAAGAAAUAUGACUUUUCCUUGAAGUCACCUGGCAUCAAACCAUCCAGCCAUCGGCAUGGGCCUACUAGCAAAAGUCACACCGUACCCCCCAAUGUUAGUGUACCAAAGACUUUUGAAGAAGAGGAAUCUUCCUCCCCUAUCUGCACUACUCCUCCUACCCCCAGCACACCCCAGACACCACCUCACACCACAAGCCACAAUGUCUUUUCAGACUUUGGUUCCAGCCCUGGACAUAACAAUGCAACAACUAUAUGUGCUAGCAUUCCCGAGGAAGAUGAACUGCGCCCUAAACCCCCACCUCUUCCCCCUAGACGGCGGCAACAAAAAGAAUGUGUUUCUUCAUUGGACGUUUGCAUGCGUGUUACUGAACCGCCACCACCACCUCCUCGCAUUGACAGUUCAGUUCCUCCCCCAGUGCCCCCUCGCAGAGACUCAAUGCCCAUAACACGUCAUGAGCAAACUAAUUAUAACACAAUUCCCCGGGCCAUGAGCAUGUCACAGUCCCGUACUUCUCUUGGUGCCAACACCUUUUUACGACAUAACUCAGAACGAAAUAAUUCUGAACCAACUAGCGGGCUUUUCGCUUCAUCAUCUUCAUCUUCCGUGUUUGACGUGAAUGGAGAUGAAAAUCUAAGAGAGAGGCCUGUGCUUCCUCCCAGAACGUACAGGUCACAUUCACGCAAGCAAAGCAGCUAGAAUCGGCUUUGCUGAGCAAAGUGAACAAUUGAAUUGUGAUUGUGCAGACAAGGUAUCUGAAGAAACUAAUGUGAUAUGUGAGAAGCAGGUAAGUGCAUCACCUAUUGGUUGCAUCUACGUUGUUCAGAAAAGUCCUGCUGUUUGACGAGUGCUUGUGGGUACAUGUUUGUGCGUGUGUGUGGGAGAGGGGGUGGGCCAGUGCAGGACUGCAGCAGUGUGCUCAGACUUUAUGAUGGCCAAACAUGUGACAGGGCUGAUCCCAAAAGUCAUUUACUGCUUUGACUAUGUGUUCCUUUUGAUGCUGAUGCCAACUACUGUUAACUAGCCAUGCUGCUUGCAUCUACUUUUAUGGGAGGGUAAGGUGCGACAAGACUACAGCUGACAUCCCGGCACAAAGCUCGGGCUGUUUAUUGCCUGCAUAGUGAAAAGGAAAAUUUAGUCUUCCUCCAUGUGUGCAUGCGUGUGUGUGGCUGGAAAGGUGCUUUCAUUGUUGCUUGCAUGGGGGUUGGGGGUGGAUGGGGGUAUUUAGCAACUGCUUGUGGGAUGGACUGUUGCUAGUUAAGUGUAGGGUUACACAACUCCACUAUCAGUAUUUACUGCUUCCAUGUGUGAUGAGAAUGUGUGUGUAUGUGUGAUAUAAGGAUGUGUGUGCUUAACUAUAUUGGUUGUCCAAUUACUAGGGAAUUUGUUGCAUUUUGGGGUUUGUCUGUAAAUAUUGCUAACAUGUGCAGCAAACAAAAGGGAAAGGGUUGGGAACAUACCUGCACAAAUGAGUAUGUGAACAAAAGAAUGGCAAUAAACUAUUAAAUUGAUGCUGA